CUCCCACCUCCGACCUUUAUGGCUCCUCCCCUUUGAAUCCUCCCCUCUUCACAAAUACCAUAGCGACAAUUGCACUGCCUGGGAGCCUCGUUAGCGAGGCAGGGACAACAUGGACGACUUCAAUAGCGAAACGGACAGCGACUACACAAGCUACUGGCGCGACUGGUUCAUAUCCUCGCGUGGCAACGAAUACUUCUGCGAGAUCGACGAAGAGUACCUCACGGAUCGCUUCAACCUGACGGGUCUGAACACCGAAGUACAAUACUACCAAUAUGCGCUGGACUUGGUGACAGAUGUGUUCGAUUUUGACUGCGACGAUGAGAUGCGGGAAAUGAUCGAGAAGUCGGCCAGGCAUUUAUAUGGGCUCGUACACGCUCGGUACAUAGUCACCACACGGGGGCUGGCUAAGAUGCUCGACAAAUUCAAGAAAUCCGACUUCGGCAAAUGCCCCCGCGUAAUGUGCGACUCGCAACCCCUCCUCCCGAUGGGCCAAUCCGACAUCGCCAACACGUCCUCCGUGAAACUCUACUGCGCGCGCUGCGAAGACCUCUACAACCCCAAGUCCUCACGCCAUGCAAUCGUCGAUGGCGCCUACUUCGGCACCUCCUUUCACAACAUCCUAUUCCAAGUCUACCCCGCGAUGCUGCCGGCUAAGAGCCAGCGACGCUACGAGCCCCGCGUGUUUGGCUUCCGAAUGCAUGCCGGGGCUGCGCUAGCGAGGUGGCAGGGGGAGCAGAGGGAGGUGAUGAAGGAGAGGCUGAAGAAGGCGGGGAUAGAGACAGGGUUUGAGGAUGAGGAUGAGGAGCUGGAGAGUGAGAUGGAGGAUGAGGAGAUGGAGAUUGGGGAUGGGUUUGAGCCGGGCCAGCCUGGUGGAAUGGUGGAUUCGCAGGCUCUGCUUCAUGGACGCUGGUAAUACGUCACUGGAUAUUGUAUCAUGGCAUGGAUCAAGGUGUGAAUGGGUUUGGAGUGGAAUGGGUUAUGGCUGGAUAGGGUAGAACAGGGUAGGAUAGCAUGGCAAGGCGAUCAGGCGUAUGGUUAGUUCGUUGGUCGGUUAGGCUGAUGAUUUCUCCCACUGUGCAUUUGUUAGUACCACCAAUUUAAACCUCGCAACACGAACGUCGUCUAUGUCGAC